GGGUGUACGUGAACAGCAGCUCCGAGAACCUCCAGUACCCCGUCCUGUUUGUAGUCCGUCAGCAGAAGGGAGUGCUCUCCUGGCAGGUGCCACUGAUCUUCCGAGGCCUCUAUCAGAGGACCUACAAUUACCAAGAAGUGAGUCGGACCCUGUGUCCCUCUGAGCCAACACCUGAAACAAGACCCUCUGAGCAGAUCAUAUUUGUGGAUGUGGCUUCCAUGGCACCGUUCAAUAUUGCAUAUGAGCUGCUAGUCACCAGGCUGGAGAACUUCCAACUAGAGACCAACAAAGCUUUUAACUUCACUGCCAGCCCUUCCCAGCCCCAGUACUUUCUGUACAAAUUUCCUCCGGAUGUCGAUUCAGUCAUUAUUAAUGUGGUGUCUGAGGCAGCCUACCCAUGCUCAGUUGUCUCUGUGCAGGAUAUUGUGUGCCCAGUGUAUGACCUGGACCAUAAUGUGGAAUUCAAUGGAGUUUAUCAGUCUAUGACAAAGCAGGCAGCCAUAACUGUGCAGAGAAAAGAUUUCCCAGGUGAGCAGUUCUUCGUUGUGUUCGUCAUCAAGCCAGAGGAUUAUGCCUGUGGGGGUUCUGUGCCUUCUUCAAUUCAUGGGAAUGUCAACCGUACCUGGAACCUGCAGCGGACAAAGAACCUUCAAGUGACAAUUCUGCCCUCCAUUAAAAAGUCUGUUUAUGUCCAGGCCAUGUUCUUCAGCUUCCUGAGUUUCCUCUCCUUUUACCUGGGCUCAGUGGUUGUUGCUUUUGUGCACUACAUUAGGGUUCAGAGGAAGGCUUCAGCUGGGAGAUUGAGCCCUGAGCAUGGAUCUGGGAUGAUGACUUCUUCACACCCCAUCUCAGCCAGCACUCCUGAGGGAAGCAGCUAUGGUGCUAUUGACGAGUCCAGCUCCAGUGGUGCCCGGCAGCUGUCCUCCCUGGAGCGCAGGGCCCCGGCCGGCUCGGACACUGACAGCUCCGUGGAGGAGGAGAGCGACUUCGACACCAUGCCAGAGAUUGAGAGUGACAAGAACAUCAUCCGCACUAAGGUGUUCCUCUAUCUCUCAGAUUUGUCCAGGAAAGACCGAAGAAUUGUCAGCAAAAAAUACAAAAUCUAUUUCUGGAACAUCAUCACCAUCGCGGUGUUCUAUGCCCUGCCGGUCAUCCAGCUGGUCAUCACCUACCAGACGGUGGUGAAUGUGACUGGCAAUCAGGACAUCUGCUAUUACAACUUCCUGUGUGCUCAUCCCCUUGGGGUGCUGAGUGCCUUCAACAACAUCCUCAGCAAUGUGGGCCACAUGAUGCUGGGCUUUCUCUUCCUCCUCAUUGUGUUGCGCAGAGACAUCCUCCACCGCCGGGCCAUGGAGAUGAAGGAUAUCUACACCCUGGACUAUGGGAUCCCAAAGCAUUUUGGUCUCUUCUAUGCUAUGGGCAUUGCUCUGAUGAUGGAAGGGGUGCUCAGUGCCUGUUACCACGUCUGCCCUAAUUACUCCAAUUUCCAGUUUGACACCUCCUUCAUGUACAUGAUUGCAGGGCUGUGCAUGCUCAAGCUCUACCAGACCCGGCACCCAGACAUCAAUGCCAGCGCCUACUCCGCCUACGCCUCGUUUGCUGUGGUGAUCUCCCUGGCUGUCCUUGGAGUGGUAUUUGGAAAAAAUGACAUGUGGUUCUGGCUUAUUUUCUCACUGAUCCACAUUUUGGGCUCCCUGGCUCUCAGCACCCAGAUCUACUACAUGGGUCGCUUCAAGAUCGAUGACCCUGACUCAGACAUGGGCAUAUUUCGGCGAGCAGUGAUGGUGCUGUACACGGACUGUAUCCAGCAGUGCAGCCGACCAAUGUACAUGGACAGGAUGGUGCUGCUUAUUGUUGGGAACCUGGUGAACUGGUCCUUUGCUAUCUUUGGGCUGGUGUAUCGGCCCAGAGACUUUGCCUCCUACAUACUGGGAAUCUUCAUCUGUAACCUGCUGCUCUAUCUGGCCUUCUACAUCAUCAUGAAGCUCCGCAGCUCUGAGAGGCUCCUGCCCAUCCCCAUGUUCUGCAUCGUGGCCACAGCAGUGGUGUGGGCAGCUGCCCUCUACUUCUUCUUCCAGACCCUCAGCAGCUGGGAGGAGACUCCAGCAGAGUCCCGGGAAAAGAACCGGCCCUGCAUCCUGCUGGGAUUCUUUGAUGACCACGAUGUCUGGCACUUCCUCUCCGCAGCUGCCUUGUUCUUCUCCUUUCUGGUCCUGCUGACCCUGGAUGAUGACCUGGAUACGGUGCGCAGGGACAAGAUCCCAGUGUUCUGAGUCCCCAGGACAGGGGCACAGAGGUGUCCCAAACCACUCUGCCAAAGGCUCUGGGCCACUGUGUCUGUGCAGAAUGAGCCUGUUUCCAUGGCCAACAGCCCAGUGGGAGCAGGGAACUGGAUCCCCAGCAGGCAUGGAGGGGUGCUGUGGCAGUGAGGUGGGACCAGGAGGGAAGAUGAUGUUACUCCUUUCCCGCCACAUCCUGUGGGGCAGGCUUGAUCCAGAGGCCAAGGCCCGUGCACAGCCCUCUGGUCUGUGGGUGCAGUGGGUGCUGGGGCCAGUGAGGGGGGAGGAAACAGGAGGGAGGCAUGUCAGAGACCUUUGCUUCCCUUCCUCCCUGCUGAUGUGCUCCACUUCCUCUCUGGUGAGCAGGCUCGAGAAGUGCCAUGCCAGCCUUCCUGCACAGGGAGCUCAUGUCUGCACCUGCAGUCUGCUGCCCUCAGGGGUCCCUUCAGCAGCCCAGGGGGAGCAUUUGGUUCCUGUACUGCAGCAGCCAAGGGAGAAAAGGACU